AUGGCUACUGUGGCCCCUCCACCCUCGAAACGACAACGACGAGAAGCUCUAGAGCGUUCUCAACUUCAGCAGGAUGUCACUCCUCCAGUUAUUGAAGCUGGCUCAUUCAAGGCGCGAUUCGUAGAUAACGACGGAAACCAAUUAGCUGAGACUAUAGAAGUUCCCCUAGCCGAUGCGACAGAAAAGAACGUCUCUUUACUGCUUAAUACUCUAUUAGGAAGGGAACGUGAAGAGUUCACGCCUUAUCGCUUUCGUAUACAUCUACCGAGCUCUGAUACGGUAAUUGAUAACUACCCAACACCUGCCGAAUUCUUAGCUGUGCUUCGUAAACAUGGUAUCGAGAAUCCCUUCGAGACUACGAUUACCUUAUCCGCCGAGCCCCAAGCUGUAUUUAAAGUACAAGCCGUGACGCGCAUGUCAAAUAAGAUCCCGGGGCAUGGUGAAGCUAUUUUAGCAGCUCAAUUUUCGCCUAAGACGAGUAGUCUUUUAGCGACUGGCUCGGGUGAUAACACAGCAAGAAUAUGGAAUACAGACAGCGGCACGCCGAAGUAUACUCUUAAAGGUCAUUCAGGAUGGGUCUUGGCACUGGCAUGGCGCCCAGAUGGACAAAACCUAGCUACUGGUAGUAUGGACAAGACAGUCCGAAUAUGGGAUGAAUCAGGACAAGCCGUUGGUAGACCAUUCAAUGGUCAUUCUAAAUGGAUCACGAGCAUCGCAUGGCAACCAUUUCACCUAUGGCGUGAUGACACGCCGAAGUUAGCAAGUGCUAGUAAAGAUGCUACAAUAAGAAUAUGGUUUUCGAAUACCGGCGUAACGGAACAUGUUCUGUCAGGGCACAAAGGCAGUGUUAGCUGUGUUAGGUGGGGUGGAACGGAUCUGAUUUACAGUGCUAGCCAGGAUAAGACGAUCAAGGUAUGGAAUGCGAUCGACGGAACGCUUAAACAUACGUUGGCGUCGCAUGCCCAUUGGGUAAAUCAUCUUGCUCUGUCAACAGAUUUCGUGCUCCGAACAGCCUUCUAUGACCACACAAAGAACGUACCCACGUCCACGGAGGAGAAGCGAACGAAAGCGAAAGAGCGCUUUGAGAAGGCAGCGAAACAACAAGGUAGGAUAGCGGAGCGGGUUAUCUCAGCCAGUGACGACUUUACGAUAUAUCUCUGGGACCCGGAACAAGAUACAAAACCUUUAGCACGACUUUUAGGGCACCAGAAACAAGUUAAUCAUGUUUCGUUUUCCCCGGACGGAACAUUGAUUGCUAGCGCUGGAUGGGAUAAUCAAAUUAAGAUAUGGGGCCGCAGCGACGGGAAAUUUCUCGCGACAUUGCGAGGCCAUGUUGCACCGGUAUACCAAUGUGCAUUCUCAGCCGACUCGCGUUUACUUUGCUCUGGAUCGAAAGAUACUACUCUGAAGGUGUGGGAUAUGCGGUCCUUUAAGAUGUCAGUUGAUUUACCCGGUCAUGAAGAUGAGGUCUAUGCGUUAGAUUGGUCGUUGGACGGCCGGCUCGUCGGGUCCGGGGGGAAGGACAAAGCCGUUCGGCUCUGGCGUAAUUGA